CAGGUCAGGCCUCGGCGCGGCCUACACGCUCCGCCCGCCCCGAGCCCCGCGCCCCGCGCCCAGCCAUGGCGGAGCCUUCGCCAGCCCGGCGUCCGGUGCCUCUCAUCGAGUCGGAGCUGUACUUCCUCAUCGCCCGCUACCUCUCGGCUGGCCCGUGUCGCCGAGCGGCGCAGGUGCUGGUGCAGGAGCUGGAGCAGUACCAGCUGUUGCCGAAGAGGUUGGAUUGGGAGGGCAACGAGCACGACAGGAGCUACGAGGAAUUGGUCUUGUCCAAUAAGCAUGUGGCUCCUGACCACCUGUUACAAAUCUGCCAGCGCAUCGGCCCGAUGCUGGACAAAGAAAUCCCACCCAGUAUUUCAAGAGUCACUUCUUUGCUUGGUGCAGGAAGGCAGUCUUUGCUACGUACAGCAAAAGACUGCAGGCAAACAGUGUGGAAGGGCUCUGCCUUUGCUGCUCUUCAUAGAGGAAGACCUCCUGAAAUGCCCGUGAACUAUGGCUCCCCACCAAGUCUUGUGGAGAUACAUCGAGGAAAACAGCUCACAGGGUGUUCCACUUUUAGCACAGCGUUCCCAGGAACCAUGUACCAGCAUAUAAAGAUGCACAGGAGGAUUCUCGGACAUCUGUCUGCUGUGUACUGUGUAGCAUUUGAUAGGACAGGACAUAGGAUCUUUACAGGGUCAGAUGAUUGUCUGGUAAAGAUUUGGUCCACACACAAUGGCCGCUUGCUGUCUACAUUAAGAGGCCACUCUGCAGAAAUUUCAGACAUGGCGGUCAACUACGAGAACACACUGAUAGCCGCUGGCAGCUGUGAUAAAAUCAUCAGGGUGUGGUGCUUGAGGACCUGUGCCCCAGUGGCUGUGCUACAAGGACACACGGGGUCCAUUACAUCCCUGCAGUUUAGCCCAAUGGCCAAAGGACCUCAGAGAUACAUGGUCUCCACUGGUGCUGAUGGGACUGUCUGCUUUUGGCAGUGGGAUUUGGAGUCCUUGAAAUUCAGUCCACGCCCCCUGAAGUUCACAGAAAAGCCAAGACCUGGUGUGCAGAUGCUGUGCUCUUCAUUUAGUGUUGGUGGUAUGUUUUUAGCUACAGGAAGUACAGAUCAUGUGAUCAGAAUGUAUUUUCUGGGGUUUGAAGCGCCUGAGAAAAUUGCCGAACUUGAGAGCCAUACCGACAAAGUUGAUAGCAUCCAGUUCUGUAACAAUGGCGACCGGUUCUUAAGUGGUAGCAGAGAUGGAACAGCACGGAUUUGGAGGUUUGAACAGUUGGAAUGGAGAAGCAUCUUACUAGAUAUGGCUACCAGAAUCUCUGGAGAUGCAUCUUGUGAAGAAGAGAGGUUUAUGAAGCCCAAAGUUACAAUGAUAGCUUGGAAUCAGGAUGAUAGCAUUGUGGUCACAGCUGUGAAUGACCAUGUCCUCAAAGUGUGGGAUUCGUACACUGGACAGCUGCUGCAUAACUUACUGGGACAUGCUGAUGAAGUGUUUGUUUUGGAGACACAUCCCUUUGAUUCCAGAAUUAUGUUAUCUGCAGGACACGAUGGCAGCAUAUUUAUAUGGGAUAUUACAAAAGGCACCAAGAUGAAACAUUAUUUUAAUAUGAUUGAAGGACAAGGACAUGGAGCCGUGUUUGACUGUAAGUUUUCACAGGAUGGACAACAUUUUGCCUGUACAGACUCUCAUGGGCAUCUUCUGAUAUUUGGUUUUGGAUGCAGCAAACCAUAUGAAAAGAUUCCCGAUCAAAUGUUUUUCCAUACUGACUACCGACCACUGAUAAGAGAUUCCAAUAACUAUGUCUUAGAUGAGCAGACACAACAGGCACCUCAUCUUAUGCCCCCACCAUUCUUGGUAGAUGUAGAUGGAAAUCCUCAUCCAACCAAGUACCAGAGAUUAGUACCAGGUCGAGAAAACUCAGCCGACGAACAUUUGGUUCCACAGCUAGGCUAUGUGGCCACAAGUGAUGGAGAGGUGAUUGAACAGAUUAUAAGCCUACAGACCAACGACAGUGGUGAAGCCAGCCCCGAAUCCAACAUUCUUGACGGGAUGAUCCGGCAGUUACAGCAGCAGCAAGACCAGAGACUGGGAGUGGGCCAGGACGGGACUGCAAAUGGACUUUCAGACGGGGAGGAAACUCCCCGAAGAGGGAGCUUUAGAAGACUGAGUUUAGACAUCCAGUCUCCUCCAAACAUCGGCCUCCGCCGGAGUGGGCAGGUUGAAGGUGUUCGUCAGAUGCAUCAGAAUGCUCCCAGAAGUCAGAUUGCCACCGAAAGAGACCUGCAGGCUUGGAAGCGGAGAGUGGUUGUGCCAGAGGCACCACCAGGCAUAUUCAGGCGGUUGGAAGAUUUUCGAAUGGAGAGAGGUGAAGAGGAGAGAAACCUGUAUGUGAUGGGAAGGAAAAAGACGUCUUCCCAGCUCUCACAAACGUCAAAUUCAGUGGUUUUGCUGUCCCAGUCAAGACAACGGACCUGUAGGCGUAAAUUUGCAAAUUAUGGUAGAAGAAAUGCUGGCCAGUGUGAAUUAUCUUCUGGAAAUGAGUCUUCAGGCUCCAUUAGACAUGAGACAUCCUGUGACCCAAGCGGAGGCUCUCGCUCUUCAGAAGACGAUGAGUGGAGGAGUGACAGCCGGAGUAACAGCGAAAGCUCAAGUGACUCUUCCUCUCGAUACUCUGAUUGGACAGCUGACACAGGAAUCAAUUUGCAGCCUCCUUUAAGGACAUCUUGUCGCCGUCGAGUAACCCGAUUCUGCAGUAGUUCAGAGGAUGAAAUGUCUGCAGAGAACGUAUCUCCUCCAAAAAGAAGGCGGAAAAGAAAGAAAGCAAGCAAGCCUAAAAGAGAGAGUUUGCGAAGGCUAACUCCACCAGAGCUUGCAGAUACGGAUCAUUUGUGUGAGUUUCACCCUCCGGUUUGGAUAACAGACACUACACUUCGCAAGUCCCCCUUUGUCCCUCAGAUGGGUGAUGAGGUGAUCUACUUUCGUCAGGGUCACGAAGCGUACAUUGAAGCUGUGAGAAGAAAUAAGAUUUAUGAGCUUAACCCUAAUAAGGAGCCAUGGAGGAAAAUGGAACUCAGGGAUCAAGAGUUGGUGAAAAUAGUCGGAAUAAGAUACGAGGUUGGACCACCUACCCUUUGUUGCCUCAAACUAGCAUUUAUAGAUCCAGCAACUGGCAGACUUACAGAUAAAUCUUUCUCCAUUAGAUAUCAUGAUAUGCCAGAUGUUAUUGAUUUUCUUGUGUUGCGCCAAUUUUAUGAUGAAGCAAGACAGAGAAACUGGCAGCCUUGUGACAGAUUUCGAUCUAUUAUUGAUGAUGCUUGGUGGUUUGGAACUGUGUUGAGUCAAGAGCCGUAUCAACCACAGUACCCUGACAGUCACUUCCAGUGUUACAUUGUUAGGUGGGACAAUACUGAAAUUGAAAAACUUAGCCCAUGGGACAUGGAACCAAUUCCUGACAAUGUUGAUCCACCAGAAGAAUUGGGAUCAAGUAUCUCUGUCACUUCAGAUGAGCUAGAGAAAUUGCUCUACAAACCACGAGAUGGUGAAUGGGGCCAGAGAUCAAGAGACGAGGAGUGUGAGCGCAUCAUCAGUGGCAUAGAUCAACUUUUAAACCUUGAUAUAGCAGCAGCUUUUGCAGGCCCAGUGGAUCUCUGUACUUAUCCAAAAUACUGCACAGUGGUGGCUUAUCCAACUGAUCUUUACACAAUUCGAAUGAGACUUGUUAAUCGAUUUUACAGGCGAUUAUCUGCAUUGAUUUGGGAAGUCCGCUAUAUAGAGCAUAAUGCAAGAACAUUUAAUGAACCUGAAAGUGUAAUUGCAAGAUCAGCUAAAAAAAUAACGGAGCAGCUUCUGAAAUUUAUUAAGAAUCAAGAUUGUACAAAUAUAUCAGAACUGUCUAACACAUCAGAAAACGAUGAUCAGGAUGCCGAUGAUUUGGACGAUAGUGACCUCCCUAAAACGUCUUCUGGAAGGAGAAGGGUCCUUAGCUGGGAAAAAAGGAGCAGCAGGGCCACCGGCUGUGUUGAGAGCGACUGGAGGAGACAGUGCAAGGCCUUGCUCAUCUUGAUUUUUCAGUGUGAGGACUCUGAGCCUUUCAGACAGCCAGUGGACUUGGUUGAGUACCCAGAUUACCGAGAUAUUAUAGACACUCCAAUGGACUUUGGAACAGUAAGGGAAACUCUAGAAGCUGGGAAUUAUGAUAGCCCUGUGGAAUUUUGCAAAGACAUCCGAUUAAUAUUUAGCAAUGCAAAAGCAUAUACACCUAACAAAAGAUCAAAGAUUUACAGUAUGACUUUGAGAUUGUCUGCUUUGUUUGAAGAAAAGAUGAAGAAAAUCUCUUUUGAUUUUAAAAUUGGUCAAAAAUUCAAGGAGAAACUUCGACGAAGCCAAAGAUUUAAGCAACGACAAAGCUGUAAUAGUGCCAUUCAUGUUGACAGAAAUGUAAGAAAUAUCAAACAGAAGCAGUUCAAAUCUCAGACAAAAGUAAUUCCACAGUUGACGUGUCCUCCCUCCCAGUCUACCUCAAGCAGGGCACCUUUGUCUGCAGCCCUCAGGACAAGCACUGGAGCCUCUUCAGGCUUCACUUCGGGGGACUCUUCAGAUUCAGCGGGGUCAUUAGAAAGAGUGAGAAGAAAUAGACCUGAAAGUCUGAGGAAUGGUUCUGAGCUGUCAGAAAGUGAAAUGGAAGAUUUCAUUGCUACCUCUUCAUCGUCUUCAGCUUCUAAUAGUUCCGAGGAAAGCAAAGAGAGUCCCGGGGCUCCGGAGUGCUCCUUGCGCAGUGGCUUGUUGAGAAGCAGCAAUCUCAGGGUGACGAGAACAAGAGCUGCACAGAGGAAAGCUGGUUGUGUUUCCUUAGAAAAUGGAUGUGGCAGAAAAGCUACCCGGAAGAGAGUCUACUUAAGUGACUCUGAUAACAAUUCAGUGGAAAUGGAGGGAAACGUGAAAGGCAAGGCUGGGAACAACCGCAAAGUCCUCCGGAAGUGUGCUGCUGUUGCAGCAAACAAGAUAAAGUUAAUGAGUGAUGCAGAAGAUGACUCAAGCUCUGACAGCCUCUGCUCUGGUCGGAAGCUGCCACAUCGCAAUGCGUCAGCUGCGGCCAGGAAAAAGUUGCUGCACAAUUCUGAUGACCAGAGUGCUAAGUCAGAGACAGAAGAGCUAAAACACCAGAGUCUUGCACUGUGGAUGUCUGGUCUUCAUUCUGCCCAGGACAGUGUCAGCGACUCAGACAGUGACUUGCGAGUAGCCCGCAAGAACUGGCAUGCUAAUGGCUGCACACCCCACACUCUGGCAACGUGCAAAACAAAGUUCCUUCCAAUAGAGUCUUCUGAGGAAGACUCCAGAUGUCACGAGUCGGAUAAUGGGCACAACAGCACUGCCGCCCCUUCAACCUCUGGGCAGAAACCUGGGGCAGAGAGCAUCUCUGAGGACGCUGACUCUGAACCAGGGAGCAGUCCGUUAUGUAAGAAUGCACAUCUGGUUAAGAAAGCCAAGAUCUUGAGCGAUUCAGAAGACUGUGAGGAGCAAGCAACAGAGGGUAGGAGAGGUCUCACCGUAGAAGGGAGCCCAGGGCCGGAAGCCUCCAAGAGUGAAGCUAUUCCUGUACCGCAGUGUCUCUCGGGUCGUGGAUCUGAGACUGACGCAGAUUCUGAUGUUGGCACAGUGAAAGAUAAAUUGCACAGCGAUAUGAACGAUUCUUUAUCUCAAGAGAACGGACAAAGCAGAAAAGUUUCCCGGAAAAGGGUCUGUUCCAGUGAUUCGGAAGGCAAUCUACAGGUGAUGAAGAAGUCACCCAAAGAUAAGAGCAAUCUCCCAAGGGUUACUCGAAGUGCCAGUGUGGCUGCUGAUAAAGUCAAGUUCACAGGUGAUGCAGAAAAUGUUGCCUUGGAAACUGUGUGUACUCGAAGCAGAAGGAGAAGGAAAAAGCCCAUCCGGUUGGCUUGUACCGCAGCAAAGAAGGUACUGAGUGGUGGCGAGAAGCUCGCACACUGUGAAGGGGCAGAGGCACGGCAUGCCUGCAGUAGCAAGCUCCCUGAGUCUGAACCCCAGGGCGAUGCAGCAAAUGCCCGCCAGUCUGCGAGUGCAGAUGCAGGUUCUGAAGGGGUUUCCUGUUUGGAGCACACAGGGAGCACACAGGACAGGAAUAUGGAGAGUGUGGGCACAGACAUGCCUCCUAAAACCGGAAGCUCCUCUGCUGGACCUUCUCGGGAAGACCCCACAGGCCACACCCCAGAGAGUAAGAUUAGCUUGUCUUCUGAGUCAGUGUUGGCCCACAAAGCUUCCGCAGAGAAUGCCUUUGAAGAAGACCUGAAUUAUGGACUGCGAAGGUGGAAUGGCAGAAGACUCAGGACGUACGGAAAAGCCCCUUUCAGUAGGGCAGCACAGGCGUCAGCAGAGGCUCCGGGGAAGAGAGAGCAUCCUGAGUUAGACCUCAUGGACAUGCCUGCACAAACAGAGAGUUCAGCCUGUCUGCCAGACACCAGCCCCAAGUCAUCAGAUUUGGGGUCGGCCACGGAAUCCGAUAUUGACUGUACCGACAACACAAAAACCCAAAGGAGGAAAAAAAGGAAAGGAAAAACAAAAGUGGUUAGAAAAGGUAAAACCUUUUCAUCCAACCUGUCUAAAACUGCAAGACAUCAAAGACAGAGUAAAUGUCCUAGGUUAAAUGUGGAUGACAAUGACUGGGAAGAUUUGGACUAUGCAAAAGCUAAAAGAGUUGUUCGGCGCUCAAAAAUAAGAACGAGAAAUCAGGGUAGGAGAACGGUGAGGUACCAUGAUGGGGAAGACGACAGAAGCAUGGAGAAUGCACUAGAGCUCAGUGCUCAGUGACCGCACCUUACGACCUUGCGAGCCAGCGUGCUCACUUGACUGACUGGAAUGUAUUGUGAAAGCUGGCUUACAAUUCAGGGAAUAUAUUUAUAUUUUUCUAUGAAAAGUUUGUGAAUGUGACUAAAUCAUGACUGUUAUUUUUAUUUGCACUUGCUGGUUUUGAAGCAGCAUUCAGCACAGGUGCCAAAAUAUGCUUCAUUUUGGGGGCAGAUCUACUUUGACAGUAUUGAGUACGUACAGCAAGAGUUGGGAGACACGUUAAACACUAGACAACUUGGUUACUCAAACCAGUGAGCAUUACUUUGUAAUAACAGUGUCACGGUUAUUUUCUGAAUUUGUCCAGAAGUGGUAGUUUCUAAACCCCUGCCAUGUAGUAGGAGAAAAAUCCACGUGACCUAUGUUUACAAAAUGCUGAUAAAUAUUAUGUGCAUACUGACAUUAUAAUCAUGGCAAGUGUAACCAUGAUUAGUAGGCGAGGCACCUACCACUUUUUUUUUUUUUUUUUUUUUUUUUUUUUUUUUAAUUCUUUUCCCUGAAGACUUGAGUAGAAUACUUUAUGCCCACAUCUGGUCAUUUUUAUUAAGAUGGCUUCCACUUUCCUUUCCAAAUGCUUGUUGGGUCUUACUCUUUUCUUUUUUAAGGAAAACCUGAUGACUUAAUUGUUUAUAAACUUGAAUUCAUAAAGUGCUGGUAUAUUUUA